AUGCCCAACCUUGAACCUAGUGGAAAUAUCACCAAGAUAAAUUCCCUGGAAUGGCGAGGCUUACAUGAGAUAUCUUAUGAUGUAUAUGUGUACAUCACGGAGGGUGAUAGUGAGGUUACGUCUCUGCCAGAGACACAGUACCGAGUGUCAGGUAGAGUUCGCAAGCGUUUAAGGGUGAUUAAAGCUAAACAAGUAGACCUACAAAUACUAAUUUAUGCACCUCGUGACCUGAUGAUGUUUGCAUUGUUUUACUACCCUGAGGGUCGGGUCAUGGCCCUGAGGAACCUCCGUGGUCCGGGUCGCGGUCCGGGUCGUCAGGGUGACCCGCGGGUCGUGGCGAGGUCUAUGUGGAAGUCUGUCUUUAAGCAGAGGCCUGAGCAGUAG